AAUAAUAAACUUAAUGGGAAACGCAGCUUCCAAGCAUAGACAUAAUAAGAGAUCUGUCGGCUCACGUAAAAUUGUACCACCAUCAGCAGCAGCAGCACCACCACCACCGAUAGAACAUAAGAAAGCAGAGGAUAAUCCGUACUUUGAUCAUACCUAUAUCGAACAUAUCGAACCUGAACCCGUUCCGUUUGAACAUAUACAUGCUGAUAUUGAUUCUUGCAUCAGUCGAUUGAUAAAAGCUGGAUCCACACCACAUAUUGGUAAAGACGUUUGUAUAACUCAACCAGAAAUGAUCGCCAUCUGUCGUUAUGCAUAUGACCUUUUCUUAACUCAACCCUCCUUACUUGAACUAAACGCGGGCGUAAAAAUCGUAGGCGACAUCCACGGUCAAUACCACGACAUGAUUCGAUUAUUUCAAAUGAGUGGAUUUCCACCCAGUUGCAACUAUCUCUUUUUGGGUGAUUACGUCGACAGAGGAAUGUACAGUUUGGAAACGAUCUUAUUGUUACUUUGUUUCAAGAUCAAAUUCCCGGAAAACUUUUUCCUAUUACGAGGAAAUCAUGAAAGUGCUGACGUUACACGAGUGUAUGGGUUUUACGAUGAAUGCAAAAGAAGAUGUACGGUUAGGAUUUGGAAGCAUUUCGUGGAUGUAUUUAAUGCGAUGCCUAUUGCUGCAUUGGUUGGAGGUAGAAUAUUUUGUGUACACGGUGGCUUAAGUCCAUUAAUGCAGUCGAUGGACCAGAUCACCUCGAUUCAGAGACCUUUGGAGAUUCCUGAAUAUGGUUUAUUGAAUGAUUUGCUCUGGUCAGAUCCUAGUGAUGCCUCACCCGACUGGAGUGAAAACGAUCGCGGUGUAUCUGUCUGCUUUGGUACGAAAAAUGUAGAUGCGUUUUUAAAUAGAUUUGAUCUAGACCUGGUAUGCAGAGCUCAUAUGGUUGUAGAAGAUGGAUACGAAUUUUUCAAUGAGCGUAGGUUGGUUACGAUUUUUAGCGCGCCGAAUUAUUGUGGAGAGUUUGAUAAUUAUGGUGCCGUCAUGACCAUUUCAAGCGACUUAUUGUGUAGUUUUGAAUUGUUACCUCCUGCCGAACAAGUAGUGUCACUUGAGAAAAAGCAAAAAAAGAAUAGUUUGGCUCUUCAAUUACCCUCCUAAAAAAUAGUAAUAAUAAUAUACCUUUGUACAAUAUAGCAAUAAUAAAAGACUAAUAAAAAGCUUAAUUUGGUGAACAAUUUUGACGUGAUUUUUAAAAUUUUAUUUGCUCCCCCCG